ACGUACAUCACAAUUUCCCAUCAGAAUCUUCUCUCUUCAAAAAAAACAUUUGCUUCAAAGAAAAACCAAAUAUAUCUUCUUUUUAUUGCAUUUCUAGCCAUAGCCCAUUCUCUACAUUUUUAUCAAUUUUCGCAUCAGAAACUUCAUCCCCCCCUCUCUUCAAAAAACCUUUGCUUCAAAUAAACCCAAACACAUAUCUUCUUUCUUUUGCAUUUCUAGCCAUAGCCAUUCUCUACACUUUUUAGCAUUUUCCCCUCCAUCCUCAGUGAUUUUUUAUUUCUGGGUUUGAUUGACGAAAAGGGUUGCCAGAAAGUUUUUACAUUUCUAGCCAUAGCCAUUCUUGAUUUUCCGAUAUCGAGCAAAUUUUAGUUUGCUCGGUGUUUUAAUGCAAAGGGUAGAAAAAAUUCACAAAAGGGUUACUGUUUUUCUCUUCUGUGGUUAUAGUUAUGCAAGAGAUCUUAGAUAACUAUGAAAACAGUCAAUCCCUACUCUCAGCCGCCUCACGCGCUGACACACGCCCCCCACGCUCCGCGGAAGGGGAAUUAACUCCAGCGGAUGACGUCAGCACAAACCUUUUUGACAAAUACGAGCUGGGCAAACUCCUUGGUUGCGGCGCGUUUGGCAAAGUGUAUCAUGCAAGAGACCUUGAGACAGAAAAAAGUGUUGCAAUUAAGGUGGUCUCCAAACAGAAAAUACUCAAAGGUGGUCUGACGGCGCACGUUAAGAGAGAAAUCUCUAUCAUGCGCCGAUUGCGUCACCCAAAUAUCGUGCGCCUACAUGAAAUUCUAGCAACAAAGAAGAAAAUAUAUUUCGUGUUGGAAUAUGCUAAAGGAGGUGAGCUUUUUGCAAAGCUAUCUAAAGGCAGAUUUAGCGAAGAUCUCAGCCGUAGAUAUUUCCAGCAAUUAAUCUCAGCCAUUGGAUACUGCCACUCACGUGGGGUCUACCACAGGGAUUUAAAACCAGAAAAUUUAUUACUUGACGACAAUUGGGACUUAAAAGUUACUGAUUUCGGGUUAAGUGCUGUUACGGAUCAGAUCCGACCCGAUGGGUUGCUCCAUACACUUUGUGGGACCCCUGCUUACGUGGCACCUGAGAUUUUAGCUAAGAUAGGUUAUGAUGGUGCUAAGGUUGAUAUUUGGUCAUGUGGUAUUAUACUUUUUGUGUUCAAUGCUGGGUAUUUACCUUUUAAUGACACAAAUUUAAUGACUAUGUAUAGGAAAAUUUACAAAGGUGAAUUUCGUUGCCCUAAAUGGACUUCACCCGAGUUAAAAAGGUUGUUGACCCGAUUACUCGAUACCAACCCGGUUACCCGUAUCACUAUUGAGGGGAUUAAAAAUGACCCGUGGUUUAAAAAAGGGUAUCAAGAGGUGAAACCGGGUCAGGAAUUCGAAUUCCAAUCCGGGUCGGAUCCGGGUCAUGGGUUCAAGUCCGGGUCUGGUCAUGCCGGGAAAUUCUUGAACGCGUUUGAUAUUAUAUCGUAUUCAUCAGGUUUUAAUAUCUCGAGUUUGCUUAGAGGUAACGGUGGAUUAGUCGAUAAAGAACGUUUUGUGUCGAUGGAUUCGCCCGAGAAGAUAAUCGCGAAAUUUGAGGAGGUGGCGGAGGAAGAGGAGAUGACGGUGGUGCAGAGGAGUAGCGCCACCGUGAAAGUGGAGGGGCAAAAUGGUAAUUCUGAAUUAAUGGUGGUGGUUAACCGGUUAACGGAGAAACUGGUAAUAGUGGAAAUUGAAAAAAGGGAAAAUGAAGGUGAAAUAUGGAAGAAGAAAUUUAAACCGAAGAUAAGUCGAUUUGUUUAUCAAGGGGAAGGAUUGGUUUCUGGUUGCUGAAAAGGACAUUGGCCUAAUUCUUUUAUGAAUUAAUCUAAUAAUUUAGUGAUUAUUUGGAGGGAUCCAAAUUUGAAAAAGAACAGAUUAAUGCGUUUGUACUAUUAUUAUGCUGCUUGUAGUAUUAAUGUUAUACUUUUCCAAAAGUUAUGACAACCAUAUUUAUUUUAUAAAAGCAUAAAAAGGAACACCGGGUUAUUCAUCUUGUUUUUGCCCGGUAAUUUUUUUCCAAAUAUUGUUCAAAUGAUAAGAUAAUUACUCUAGACUCAGAGGAUUGAUGUAUUGGAGAUAGAAAGUUACUUCCGAGGAUAGAUGCAAUUGAGACAGGAUGUGACAUGAUGAAAAAUAGUUACUCCAUUCGUUUCACUUUGUUUGA